AUGCCGCUCCUGUGUCCCAUCUCCACAAUGAUACCACCGUCCUACUUGGACAGUGGCACUGGGGAGGCCGAGGUCCGCGCUUACAAGCUGGGCAAACGGCGAUGGUCUUACAACCAGGUGGAGGUGAUCGUCCGUGAAGCUGGGGGCUCCCGUGUCCUGACCGUGACCAACGCCACCAAUCAGGGCACCGACAACUUUAACGAGGAGUACCGCGAGUCGGCGGUGAACUACCUCCUGGAGCUGAGCAACCAGAGCAGGGUUGUGCUCCACGGCUUCCUGUGCUACGACGCCGGGGAGGGGGGCACCCCGCUCCUCGGCCCGCCGCACACGCUCUCGCCCGACCAGUGGCACCAGUGGUACCUCGUCCAGCGCUCCGCCUGCUGCAAGGGCUGCACCGGCCCGGUCAUCCGCGACCCGCGCUUCCUGUACCUGUCCUUUGACGAGGCGGGGACGCACGUGGGCGCCAAGACCUUCCGCCUGGUCUGUGCGCUCUACGACUCCGACGGCUGCCAAGUGCUGGCCAACGCCGCCUCGCCGCCCAUCCGCGUGCUGGCCAACAAUGACGUGCCCACCGGCGCGGCCCACCUCCGCCUCGAGCUGGAGGUGGACGGCUCCUGGGAGGGCUGGUCCCCCGCGGGGACGGGCGAGAUCCUGCGCCCCGCGCCCCGUCCCCUGGGCCUGGCCGCGGGGCUGGACGACCUGUUUGAGCCCAUGCACAUCCACUCUCACGUUGCAGACCUGGCCGGCGUGCCGGGGCUGGACCGCCUGAUGGAGAGCAUCAUGCCGGACAGCCCCUACUCCGCGGCCGGGAUGCUGGACCUGGUGGGAAGGCCCUUCCAGUACCUAUGA